AUGGCGCAGGAGGACAAGGCUCGCAAGCGCGUGUCUUCUGGCUCCGACGACGCCCGCAAUUCUGACCGCCGCGACGACCGCGACCGAGAUCGCUCGGGCCGCUACGACCGAGACCGGCGUGACCGUGACCGUGAGCGCGAGCGCCGCCCCCAACAUCGAGACCGAGAGCGUGAUCGACAUCGUGAGUCUAAUGGUGAACGGCCUAGCAGCCGAGAUAGAGAUAGUCGGCGAAGAGACGGAAGCCGGCCUCGCUCAAGGAAGGAUGCUGACACGGAUGAUGAUGAAGAUAGGUACCGCCGUAGCAACUCGCGAGACCGCUAUCGGGUCCGUAGGGACCGCGACCGAGGCGGUGAUUACUACAUGGGCAGUGCGCGGACUCGAUCCCGCUCCCCGCGCCGUGAUCGCGACGACCGUCGUGAUGACCGCCGUCGAGACCGCUCCGGCGAUCGCCGCCGAGACCGCGGCUAUGUGGAUCGCCGAGGAGGACCUGCUCGUCGCACCCGCACUCCUACCCCGCAAGCUACCGAGGAUGACCGCGACAAGCGCACCAUCUUCGUGCAGCAGAUCUCCCAGCGUGCCGAGCAGCGUCACCUUCGAUCCUUCUUCGAGGCGGUUGGACCUGUCGUUGAGGCGCAGAUUGUCACAGAUAGGGUCACUGGUCGAUCCAAAGGUGUCGGCUACGUCGAGUUCAAAGAGGAGGAAUCCGUCGCUAAGGCUCUAGAGCUGACUGGCCAGAGGCUCAAAGGAGUACCGAUCAUCGCCCAGCUUGCCGAGGCCGAGAAGAAUCGCGCUUCCCGCGCUGUUGGCGAAGGCCCUGUACCGGGCACUAACAACCCUGGCGCUCCCUUCCAUCGCCUCUACGUUGGGAACAUUCAUUUCAGCGUUACCGAGGAUGAUCUUAAACAGAUCUUCGAGCCAUUCGGUGAGCUCGAGCAAGUCACCCUGCAACGUGACCAAGAGAACCCGGCUCGUUCCAAGGGUUAUGGAUUCGUACAGUUCGUCGACCCUAAUGACGCAAAGAAGGCUCUCACCGACAUGAAUGGGUUUGAGCUUGCUGGUCGCCAGAUCCGCGUUGGCCUCGGUAACGACAAGUUCACAAAUGAGUCGACCGCCCACCUCCUCCGCAAUUUUCCACAGCAGGCGGCAACCUACCAAGGAUCGGCCUUUAGCGGAGCCGGUGGUCGAGGUGCCUAUGCUGGUGGUUCAGGCGGCGUCUUCGACCGUGCCCACGGUAGAGAUGAUCGCGGUAUCAGUGGCGCCUCUGCUCUCGAUGAUACUGACAUGGCCGGUGUGAACUUCAAGCAGGUUGACCGCAACAAGCUUAUGAUGAAUCUUGCACGCAACGAGAUUGACGUGCCGACGAAGAAGGAUGCUCAGCCUGUUGCCAAGGCCCGGGCUCCUGUUGUUGACAAGCCCAUGGCUUCGAAGUGCAUCAAGAUCGAGAACGCCUUCGAUUCCGAGGAGGAGCACAAGGUCUACGGUGAAAAGUGGAUUAAGGGUCUUGAGGAGGAGAUCAAGGCGGAGUGCAACAAGAAAUACGGCAAGGUCGUCCACAUCUCUGUUGACGCAAACAGUGAAGGCGAGAUCUACGUCAAGUUCGACUCGGUUUCCGGCGGCGAGAAGGCUCUUCAGGGUCUCAACGGUCGCAUCUUCAACCUCCGCAUGCUCCGCGCCUCCUAUGUUGUCGACAAGAUCUACAACUCGCUCUUCGGUGCUGCCGCGAGCAAGUUUUGA